AUGACCAACAAACAACACAAGCUUGGCUGCAGACCGACCCAGGAUCAGCAAAUAGCAGAUAGCUUGAAGCUAACGCUAGCUAUCAUAACAUUAUUAACCCCAAUCUGGGGAUUUAAUCAGUCAUUGGUUUGCUAGCUUGUCCAAGGCUGGCUUCACUGGCCAACCAUGCAGAAAUACGAAAAGCUUGAAAAAAUUGGAGAGGGAACUUACGGGACAGUUUUCAAGGCUAAAAACAGAGAAACCCACGAAAUUGUGGCUUUGAAACGUGUCCGGUUGGACGACGACGACGAGGGGGUGCCAAGUUCUGCUCUGAGAGAAAUCUGCCUUCUGAAGGAACUAAAGCAUAAAAACAUUGUCAGACUACAUGAUGUUUUGCACAGUGACAAGAAGUUAACCUUGGUGUUUGAAUAUUGUGAUCAGGAUUUGAAGAAGUAUUUCGACAGCUGCAAUGGGGAUCUAGAUCCUGAAACUGUGAAGUCGUUCAUGUACCAGCUGUUGAAAGGCCUCGCUUUCUGUCACAGUCGAAACGUUCUUCAUAGAGAUCUGAAGCCGCAGAAUCUGCUCAUCAACAGAAAUGGGGAGUUGAAGCUGGCUGACUUUGGGUUGGCUCGCGCCUUUGGCAUUCCUGUGAGGUGUUACUCAGCAGAGGUGGUGACUUUGUGGUACCGGCCUCCUGAUGUGCUAUUUGGUGCUAAGCUUUACUCUACCUCUAUUGAUAUGUGGUCUGCUGGAUGCAUAUUUGCAGAGCUGGCUAACGCUGGAAGGCCUUUAUUCCCCGGGAACGACGUGGACGACCAGUUGAAACGAAUCUUCAGAUUGUUGGGUACACCAACCGAGGAACAGUGGCAGUCAAUGACGAAACUCCCCGAUUACAAGCCAUAUCCCAUGUAUCCCGCCACCACCUCGCUGGUGAAUGUGGUUCCCAAACUAAGUAGCACAGGACGGGAUCUACUCCAGAACCUGUUAAAGUGUAAUCCUGUCCAGAGGAUCUCUGCAGAAGAGGCCUUGCAGCACCCGUACUUUGCUGACUUCUGCCCACCCUAAAUGCUAAACGGCCCCUCGCUGAACCUCAGCUGCCAGAAUCAAUCUUCCUCCUCCUCCUCUCGGUUGGGUCAUUAGGACCGGUCUCAACAAGGCAAAUCCCUCAGUGUUGUUUUUUCAAACACUCCCCUGCAUCUCAUUCUGUUGUGCCUCCAUGUGGAACAAAGUCCUGUUGCCUCUGCAACGUCUUAGUUUGUUUUUAAGCUGCGAGCCUGUUUGAUUUGGUUCUUAAUACAUCUCCCAGGUAAUUAGCACUAUGUGUUGCAUUAAAUACAUCUCAUACCUGUGGAAACAGUUGUCAACAAGACGCCCCAUUAAUUGCUCCCGUUAACAUAAACACAAAUUAUAAAAACUUUUUUUUGAUGAGGAUCAUUUAAAUAUAGUUAUUAAAUAGAGAUAUGUGUGGGCAGACUGUAUAAUGGUUACACUGUUUCUCACUGAUCUAAAACAUAUCUUCGGCAUUAAUGUACCACAGUUUGUUCUUUAUUAGCCACAAUAUACGCUGGUGCUGGUGCUGGUGCUGGUACUAGUGCUGGUACUGGUGCUGAUACUGGUGCUGGUGCAUCUGUCGUGUAAUAAGUUAGCUAGAGACCACAGAUUCCUGGGGCAGCUAAUGUCGCUAUUUCAAAGCUAAAUUCAAUUAAUUUGAACAUUUUAAAGGCUUAAAUCAAUUACAUUUUUAGGAUUAUAUGAUUUUUUGUAUCACUUUAUAAUACAAGUCUGUGAUUUCAAAAUGACUUUCUGGAUAAAACUAGCACUGUACAAAUGUCUUUCUUUGACAGACUUACUCCAUUUAAGCUUAAGUACAUAUUGAUAAAUGAUUCACCUACUAUUGGAAACUAUGUUUCUGUACAGAAACUAAACAUUUAGCAUGUUCAGUUAGUCUGCUUUGACUAAAAAACAUUAAGAUUAGUAAUUGGAAGUGAAUAAUGUUUUCCCAGUUAUUAGUACCAAAUUACAUACUUAUUUCCAGGAGAUUAUUAGCUAAUUACAGACCUGUAAAUUACACUGUUGUCAUUUCACUUCAGUUCUGAUGUUUCACUCGCCAACAAUACAACUCUUUGUCCCGCUUCCUUUUACAAGAUUGUAUAAUGGCACGAGAAGCUAAGUUAUGAUUUCCUUUUUUCUCAGGCUUUUUCAUUUUCCCUUUUGUAUUUGUCUUUUGUGCACUUUGUAACUUUUAUUUGAAUAUGUUUAGUAUGCGAAUAUUAAAUGUGGUGAACACUGACAGCUGGAUUAUAGCCGGUUAUCAAUAUACAUUCAUAUAUAUAUGUUAAUGACUAGUGGGCCAUUAGUGACACGUUACUCUGUUUUUUUAACAUCAUUUGUAUCAUAAUUACAGUCUUUUAGCUUUAUUGAAAUGCUUUUGUAAUUGUUAAAUUAGAGACGAAAGAAUCCCGGUAAUCCAUUGAUAAUCUGUGUUUUCUUAUGAUUGUUUUUGCACCAUUAGCUGUUUCCAUCCUGGUUACUUAUGAUAUUAACAUUAAGAGCUUGCAGUGUUAUUUUACUCCAGAUUGUUACGAGCGCUACACAUUACAUAAUGGAGUUGUGUUUAAUAGGGAAAGGAUUUAUUUUCAUUUUGCUGAUGAUGUAACCGAGAUAAUGGAUGCAUGUAUUUAUUAAUGAUGGAAUGUCUGCCCAUUUGUUUUUGCAUUUGUUUAAAGGUAGCACCGCUUCAUUUGGUACAGAAACUCUCCUCGUGAAUGAUUUCAUGUGACUCAAAGCAUUUAGUCGGCUCAGGAUUUCAAAUGUUUUGUGUGUGUGUGUGGAUUAAGUUAUGAUGAUAAAAACAAGGCAUUUGCUCUCAGUACUUCCUUAUCUCCUGAUGACAGGACAUUUCAGACACACUGCUUUAUUUUGAAUGAAGAAUGGAUUCUGCACUCCGCAAGUAUCUUUUGGUUGGUCGGUCUUUUUGUGUAUAUUUCAGCCAAUAAGAUUCAGUAUUAAGUAGAGUGGACAUAAACACGCGUUUGCUUUUUGGGAAUAAUUUUGUUGUAAAUAGUAAAAGAAAAACAAGAAUCCAAUAGACUGGAUCUCAAAUGCUUCUUGGUGUAAUUUUGUGAGCUUUACUGAACACCAGGCUUUCUUUAAAGCCCUUAAAAAGUUGCUUUCAAAUACAAUUUUUUUUUGCAAUAACUUAAAAAAAUGUGUCUAAACAAUAAAAGUUAAGGUUUGUGCUGCUUCAUCAGGAUUAUAGAGUGCUGAAGGAAUGACUACUAAAAACUGAACAUGAGUCAGCAUUUCCUCAAAUAAGGUCUGGUUUAAUACAUUUUAAUGUGUUAUAAAACAUUAAUACAUCAGUAGAUACCCUUAUUGUGAAUGUUGAUACAUUUAAGUGUCUUUAAAGAAGGUGGUUGCUGAGAAGCGGAUAAAUGAGACUACAAAACGACGUUUUGUGAGUAAAGUGACAGUUUGACUUGAGACUGACUACGUUACGCAUAGUUAAGUGUGUAUUAACUAUUUAAUGUACAGUUCAGAGUUAAAAUCACAUAUCUACAGUAAAAUGCACAUAAAGCACGUAGAGCCAGAUGAAGCAAGUUCAGUUCCCCAGAUGUUGGUGCGCAUGAAAGUCUUGAUGUUACCUGUGAGAACCAGUCUUGAAGGCACAGUUUAGUUUUUACUUCAAGCCAUAUUGUGUUCAUAUAAUCCGUAGAUACUGAUGGAAAGAUAAAGACGUUUUUCCACAUCUGCAGAACAUCUUUCUUUUUGAGUAUAUUGCACGAUCCCAAGCCCGGUUUGAGGAGGAUGUGGAGAACGUCCUUUUGAUUCAUCUGGCUCCAGAAAUACAUUUUUGGACCAUACAAAGUGAAUAGCAUGGCUAAGAUUACAUUAAGAGACCAGAGAUAAUAGGAAUACAUAAUGGUCAUGCAAGGAAGAAAAUGGGUGAUAGUCAAAAUAGUUCAAAUGUAGGCGUCGGGUGACAGAAAUAUAUAGAGUACGGUUUUCUACUAGGCCAUAACUAUGCGCUAAAUAUCAGAACUACUUA